AUGGCAGGGAAAACAGCAAAGAAACGCGCCUUCAAUAAACCAAACACCAACCAGGUCGAUUCAGUAAAGGAGACCACACCUGCCAACAAACGGCCCAAACGCGCAGCAGCAAAACGCAAGGAAACCAAUGCCGAGGCCGAGGCAAUCAGCGACUCUGACAAUGACUCCCAACAACAAGUGGAUCGCAAAGAUCGUGGCAAGGCUGUUACUAGUGCUGAUGAUAUGAAGCCUGGUCGUAUCAAGAUACCUCGUCCUAAAGGGUCGCCUUUUGCAGAUGCAUUAUCACCCGAUGUGCUCCAGUUUAUGAGUGAGUUGAGAGAAAACAACCACCGAGACUUUAUGCGAGUGAACGAGAAACGAUGGCAUUCAACGCGCAAGGAUUUUAUCGAUUUUAUUGGGAUGGUGAUUGAGCAAUUGCAUGAGAUAGACCCUACGAUAUUGGUGGAAGAACCUCGACAAGCAGUAUACAGGCAAAACCGGGAUUUGCGAUUCACGAAUGACCUUCGACCUUAUAAGACACAUCUUUCAGCAUCAUUCUCACGUGGAGGGAAGAAAUCGCCAUUUGCAGGCUAUCAUAUAUCCAUCAGCCCUGGUGAUAAUUCGUUUGUGGCAGCAGGGAUUUGGCAACCAAGUCCGGAUCGUUUGGCUCGUUUACGGGAGGGAAUUAUUGAGAAUGCCAGCCUGAUGCGUGAAGCGUUGACGAUACCGGCAAUGAAAGAAGUUUUCGGCAAGGACGGACUCGAUGUAUUGGAAACCACUGACAAGCUCAAGGUGGCUCCUAAAAACAUUCCACGCGAUCAUCCCGAGAUAGAGAUGUUGCGUUAUAAGAGCAUGGUUAUUACAAAGCAAUUCACGGAUGAGGAAAUAGUAUCAGCUGGUUGCCUUGAUCGUUUAUUGGAUGUAUUUGAAGCAUUAGUUCCAUUUGUUGCUGUUUUGAAUUCUUGGACAGGCUAA